UAAAUAGAAAGUCUUAAGUUUUAAGUUUUGCUUGUAAAGUCUUCACAUCCAUUGACACAAGGAAUAAAGAAAAGCAAGAUUGAGAAGAUCUUGUCUUCCUUUGGAAGGCAAGUGCAAAAAAGUCAAAGACAGACCUAAACAAUCAAGCAUGUUGAGUGAACCCUCUGCGAGCUAUCCAUAAGAAAACAAACUAUGCUUUAAUCCUAAGCAAGUUGUGAUCGUCUAUAUGAAUCAUCACUGUUUGUAUCGCUUCAUUUAAGCAUGUUACAGUCCAAUACAUCACAAAUUGACUCCUUUAACGCGAUCUUUCUCCUUCAUCCUAGCUUGAGACCGACAAUAUGAGCAAGUUCACAUAGGCAAAGUUCUUCUCCUAGCCUAUCCAUGAACAUGUGAAAUACAAGUCACUAGUACAGGACAGCUUAUGCUUCCUUAAACAUUUUGUUUUAAGCUAUCAGUGCCAUUUUUCAUUAGCUUUAGAGGCAAUAUUUAAAAAUUUCAAUGCUUCAAACAUCAAUAUACUCUUCUAUAAAGACAAAGCAACCUAUUCCUUGACAACAAAUGACUUCUAUACAUAGCCUUCUUCAUUACCAUCACCUUUUCUCUCCUUCAAUCUUGCAAAAAAAUGGAAGACAAAAACAUGUUCGCAGCCGAUUGCAUCGUCAUAUGUUGCUGCUGUCAAUGCUUGAUCCUCCAAAUCAUCAUCUUGUUCUUGCUUAACCUUCCAUACAAGUUGUUAAAGAAAACAAAAGAGUGUAUAAAGAAACUGAGAUAUCGAAGACGGAACAAGAAAACUUUUAGGGAGAUAGAGAUCAACAGACAUGAAGAUGAUGAAAUCUUGAUAGAUCAUGGAGGAUGUUUGAGAGUUGAACUUGAGAGUUUGUGUUGUAUGGAAGAAGUUGAAAAGGUUUUAGAGGAGUUUUCUCAAAAGGGUGAAUUUGCUUUUGGAAGCUUUUGGGGUGGGGAUGAAGAGGAUGUGAUAAAGACAGAUAGAAUCACAACAUGUAUACAUAAACAAACAGUUGAUUAUGAUGUUUUUCAUACUCAUUUGAUACAAGUUUUUGGAUCUUUCAACUUGCAAUGACACUAUCAUAUGCCCUUUUAUCUAAAUCUCAUAUUUGUUAA